CGGCCACGGAAGCCGGAGGCCAGCGCGCAGGGCGAGUAGGGCACCGGGGGCGGGGGGCUCCGCUCCCCGCUUGACCCCUCUCGCGCCAGCCAGGAAAGGGAAGGCUCCUCGGAUUUUAGAGCCAGUGGACAGACCGACCGCGACUGCCAGCAUCUGCAGGUCAAGGACUUGCCCCACCCGCCCCCCUCCCCGCCCCCAAGGCGCUCCAAACUCACUGGUGAGCGCGGCGGCCCGGGCGCUGGAUGCGGGGGCCGCCGCGAUGGCCCCGCGCGCGGGACAGCCGGAGCCAAGGGGGCCGCUGCUACAGGGGCUGCUGCUCGUGGCGGCGGCGCUGAGCCAGCCCGCUGCGCCCUGUCCCUUCCAGUGCUACUGCUUCGGUGGCCCCAAGCUGCUGUUGCGCUGCGCGUCGGGCGCCGAGCUCCGGCAGCCGCCGCGGGACGUGCCGCCCGACGCGCGCAACCUCACCAUCGUGGGCGCCAACCUGACGGUGCUGCGCGCUGCCGCCUUCGCCGGCGGGGACGCGGACGGGGAGGAGGUGGCGGCGGGCGGCGUGCGCCUGCCGUUACUGACCGCUCUGCGCCUCACGCACAACAACAUCGAGGUAGUGGAAGACGGCGCCUUCGACGGGUUGCCUAGUCUGGCGGCGCUCGACCUGAGCCACAACCCGCUUCGCGCCCUGGGCGCCGGCGCUUUCCGCGGGCUGCCGACGCUACGCUCCCUGCAGCUCAACCACGCGCUGGCGCGGGGCGGCCCUGCGCUGCUGGCCGCGCUGGACGCCGCGCUCGUCCCGCUGGACGAGCUGCGCCUCCUGGGCCUAGCGGACAACGGACUGAGCCGCCUGCCCUCUGCCGCGCUGCGCCUGCCGCACCUCGAGCAGCUGGACGCGCGCCGCAACAAACUGGCCGGCCUGGGCCCCGACGACCUGCGCGCACUCGAGCGCGAUGGCGGCCUGCCGGUGCCGCGCCUGCUGCUUGCCGACAACCCCCUGCGCUGCGGCUGCGCCGCGCGCCCCCUGCUGGCCUGGCUUCAUAACGCCACGGAGCGCGUCCCCGACGCGCGGCGCCUGCGAUGCACCGCCCCGAGGCCCCUGCACGACCGGCCUUUCGUGGACCUGGACGAGGCGCAGCUGCGUUGCGCGGACCGCGGCGCCGAAGGUCGUGGGGAAGAAGUAGAACUCACCGGACCGGAGCUGGAAGCUUCCUAUGUCUUCUUCGGGCUGGUGCUGGCGCUCAUCGGCCUCAUCUUCUUAAUGGUGCUCUACCUAAACCGCCGCGGCAUCCAGCGCUGGAUGCGCAACUUGCGUGAGGCCUGCCGGGACCAGAUGGAGGGCUACCACUACCGCUACGAACAGGAUGCCGACCCGCGCCGUGCGCCUGCCCCAGCCGCUCCCACCGGCUCCCGCGCCACUUCCCCGAGCUCGGGCCUCUGAGCUUUGCCUCUUCGAGGUUGGAGGUGCCCCUGCCAGCUGAUGACUUUACUGAGGCUACCUGGCCUGCAGCAGUGGGUAUGGGACACCCGCGAGCUUGGGGCUUUUGAGACUUGCCCCUGACCUGCCUGAGACCUUUGAAUUUUGGCAUCACUUCCCGUCCCACCCCACCCCCACACACACCUGGAGACCCAAAACUGUAGCCCCUUCUUCCCAGCCUCUGAGAACCCUCACCAUCAAAGACCCAGAUAUGCCCCUUCUGAUUCCAGAAACCCUACCCACCCAUCCCAGGCUGCGGACCCAUCAACUCUCCUCACGCACUUUUAAGACUCACCCAGAGACCUGGCCCUAAAAUCCAGAAGCCCUGAGACUGCAUCCACCAAGCUCUUCCUGAGCCCUUACUCUCAGCAGGAAACACCCUAGACUUCAUGGACCCCCAUCUCCAGCUUGGAGCCCUCACUUUCCUUCCCAGAGCUCCCGCCCUCACGUCCCACUUUGGUCUCAGAAGCAGAGCACUCCCACAAAAAGGUUUUUGUGGACUUUGAGCCUUUUUUCUCACACCAGAACUCCUAGCCCUCCAUCCUGCGUAGAUACCCCCAUCCUGGGGCUCUGAAGUGUUGGGCGCUCUCCCCGC